UUUUUAUGCAACUACGUAAUUUGUAAUUACAUAAAGCAAAUUGGAGCUAACCAUUAAUUGACUAGAUUAUUUUGUAUAUAUAUAUACAAAUGAUAUAAAAGACGCAAUUAUUUGUGGAUCAUUUAUAAAUUAACACGAUUUUUCGUGAUCUCAUGUAGUGACAACUGACUAAAUAGUACAAGAACUUUGCCCCACUUCUAUACCUACAUUGUAUUGAAUCGGUCCGUGAGUCUGAAAGUUUUAGUUCUAUCGUUUCAAACGUGGAAACAUUCUCUCUCGUUUGUCUUUUAAAUAUCUGUUGGUUUCAAUUAACCUCAGAAUGCUGCGAAUUGCAAAUUUUGUUACUAAAAAACCCCGAAGAUUUUUGCAGAUCAUCGACUCAAAUGUCAAAUGUUUAGCGACACAAGCAGCUGUGAAAAAUGCAUCAGAAGAAAAAACAGAAAAGGGGGCAGCAACAAAAGAAUCUCAAUCCUUUACUAUGAAUAGUUUUCGAGGUCAGUUGCAAUCUAGCCAAGUAUUUCCUUUCCCAGAACCAUUAACUGAAGAGGAAACUGAUACAUUAAAACUUUUAAUUGAUCCCAUGGAAAAAUUUUAUGAGGAAAUUAAUGAUCCGAUGAAAAAUGAUGAAAACGAAUUCAUAGAUGAAAAAACCAUGGCUGCAAUGUGGGAAAUGGGUGCGUUUUCUCUUCAAGUCCCACAAGAAUAUGGAGGUUUAGGAUUAAAUAACACUCAAUAUUGCAGAUGUGUAGAAAUUUGUGGGUACCAUGAUUUAGGUGUUGGUAUUACUUUAGGAGGACAUCAAAGUAUAGGUUUUAAGGGUAUACUUUUAUUUGGUACACCAGACCAGAAACAAAAAUAUCUUCCAAGAGUAUGUAAUGGAGAUGUGGCAGCAUUUUGUUUGACCGAACCAAGUUGUGGUUCAGAUGCUGGUUCGAUUCAUUCUCGAGCAGUCAAAUCUGAAGAUGGAUCACAUUAUAUAUUAAAUGGAAGCAAAAUCUGGAUAACAAAUGGCGGUAUAGCAGAAAUAAUGACAGUGUUUGCACAAGUUCCUGUAAAAGAUCCGAUUACUGGAAAAACAAAAGAUAAAGUUACUGGAUUUAUUGUUGAAAGAUCAUUUGGUGGUGUAACAAGUGGAAAGCCAGAAAAGAAGAUGGGUAUUAAAUGUAGUAAUACUGCUGAAAUACAUUUCGAUAAUGUUAAAAUACCCGCAGAAAAUGUGUUAAGCAAAGAAGGUCAAGGUUUUAAGGUUGCAAUGACUAUUUUAAACAAUGGUCGAUUUGGUAUGGUGUCUGCUCUUUCUGGUACCAUGCGUUACUGUAUUAAAAAAGCUGUUGAUCAUGCGACACAGCGUGUGCAAUUCGGACGCACGAUACAUAAUUAUGGAAGUAUCCAAGAAAAAUUAGGCCGUAUGGCAAUGUUACAAUAUGUAACGGAAUCUCUUGCAUAUACACUUUGUGGCAAUAUGGAUUGUGGAAGUCAGGAUUACCACCUAGAGGCUGCGAUAUCUAAAUGUUUUGCAUCAGAAUCCGCGUGGUGGGUUUGCGACGAAGCUAUUCAAAUAUUAGGUGGAAUGGGAUAUAUGAGAGAGGCUGGUCUCGAACGUAUUAUGCGAGAUUUACGUGUGUUCAGAAUCUUUGAAGGAACUAAUGAUAUUCUCCGUUUAUUUGUCGCGCUUACUGGAAUACAAUAUGCGGGAAGUCAUUUGAAAGAAUUACAAAAAGCAUUUAAAAAUCCUGCUGCCAAUUUGGGAUUGAUUCUUGAGGAAGCAACAAAAAGGGCAACACGAGUAAUUGGUUUAGAAUCUGCGCCUAAUUUUAGCCAUUUAGUUCAUCCAACUUUACGAGAAAGCGCUGCAAUGUGCGCCAGGAAUAUGCAAAAUUUUGGUCAAUGUAUAGAAUCUGUUCUCAUCAAAUACGGACAUAAAGUUGUAGAUGAACAAUUUGUUCUCAAUAGAAUAGCACAAUCAGCUUCUGACAUAUUCACUAUGGCUGUCGUAUUGAGCAGAGCAACAAUGGCUGCUAAUAAAAAUCUCCCAACUGCAGAACAUGAAUUGCUUUUAGCUGAGAUUUGGUGUAAUGAAGCAUCUCAUCGUGUGGCAAAUAACAUAGGUGUAAUUUUUUCUAAUAAACAAUUAGACGUAUUCCAAAAAAUAAGUAAAGUUUCGAGAAACACGUGCGAUCAUGGCGGAUGCGUUCAGCUAAAUCCUCUAGGGUUUUAAUUACAUAAAAAAUGAUUAAUGUUAUAAAAUGAAUGCUACGGAUAACUAACUCAUACAUAGGCUAGAAAAUUGAAUGAUUGUGUGCCUGAAAUUCGGAAGUCGUAAUUCGUAUUUUAAAUACUUUAAUAAGUAACGAGCAAUGCAAUGUGUAAUAUAAUAUUGGAGAUAUUAUAUAUAAAUUUAUAAUUACGCAUGUAAAAUAUUUUUCUUAUUUUUACACGAGAAAAUAAUGGUAAAUAAAAUUGUUACAGAUAAUACUAUACAUAUGAAGAUAGAUGCUGUUUAUUUUUCGUUAAUCCUCACAGAAUAAUGAAAUCAGUUUCGAAUAAUGUACAGGAUAUUCAUGUCCCUUUUAUAUAAUAAAUUAAAUUAAAUUAAAUC